AUGUCAAAGCGACGCAACGAGAGCGGUCAGAUGCGCCGCGAGGAAUACGAGGCUGCAGUAGAUGAUGUAGGAACUGAUACAUUUGAGAUUGGAAUUCAGCGUGCAAGCGAUGAGUCGAUCCGCAAGCGCAAAAUUGUCAAGGCGCGAGUCGGCAAUCGUUUACUGCCAACAACAUCCAAGGCGACAGCUGCUACUGAGGCAACUACGGAGAAAAAUAAACCGUUUGAAGGCUUUCAGGGACUCACGACGACCAAGUCUCCUGCAACAUCUAACCCUUUUGCGGACUUUUCUGGACUUACGGGUAGUUCAAAUAAAAGUGAGGUGAAGAUCGUCAGUGGCUCAAAUUCUGUAGCUGCGGGCUCAUACCAGCAAGCAAUGGAGGAACUUAAUAAGGCGUUUAUGUCUUUUGUGAAUGGCGAAGCACAAAAAUAUCCAAGCGCGAGCUGGAAUUCCUCAGUCCAGGAGUACUUGAAAUAUGCCGAGGAGAUCGCGACUAAGCAUGCGUCUACGAAGCCUGUGGCCAUCAAUGAUACAAAAUGUGCAUUUCCCUCUCCGUUUUCUCUAAAUUCAACUUCUGCUCCUGCUACAUCAAGUGUUGCACCUUUGAGCUUCGCAAUGGAAUCAGACGAAAAGACGACACCUGCGUUUUCGUUUGGAGCUCUUCCGAAGCCUGCAGCCUCCGUAUCUUCAACCCCCGCCACAAAAUUUUCAUUUGGCACUAUGACCUCUUCUAGCCUGUCAUCAAACGCACCAGGAGGACUCAGUUUUGGCACUGUAGCAUCUAGUGCUUCGAUUCCUAUUCCGACAGCCAGUGGCGAUGAAAAUGAAGAAAAUAUUGGACGCGAAGAGGCUACUGUGAUCAUCAAGGCUGAUUCCUCUGAUGAAGACUGCAAGUUUGAAGCUGAAAAGACGAAGAUUUAUGAGUUUAAAAAGGCUGAAAAGCGCUGGGCUGAUAAAGGGGUGCACCCACUUAAGAUUCUUGUCAACAAAAAGACCAACAGCUCACGAAUCCUAGUCCGAAAUGAAAUUGGCAAAAUUGUACUAAACGCGGCAUUGUACAAGGGAAUUGCUGUUCGUCCACACGAGGUUAAAGGUAAAACGACGGGCGUGACACUGGCAUUGCAAGUGAAUGACGGCGAAUUGACUCAGUAUUUGCUGAAAGUGAAUGCCGCACGUGUAAAUGAGUUUAUCAAGGCGCUUGAAUCCGCCGCCACUCAAGCUUAA